AUGCCGCCAGUCAACAGCCCCGCCAGGACCUCGCCCUCCGCAACCUCGCGCCCUCAAACCCGUCCUCUAACUCCACUAUCAUAUCUAUCCUCACCCGCACCAGAUCUCGCCUCGACGCUGUAUACAUCUCAUGCCGCCGAGCAGGCCGACGAAGCGAACGUGAGCUUUCUGCGGGACUCGCUGGACUCGCUGGAUAAUCUGGACGACUUGCAGGCCCGGAGAGGAGCGCGUGUAGAUGCUCAGCGCGACCCGAGAAGGCCUGAGUAUCACCAUCGUGCGGGCAGGAUGUCUUCGGAAGGACAGCAGCAGACGCCAGAGGAACUGUCGAGGAGGGAGAGGUUACAGCAGGUGCUUGCGAGGCUUAACAGGCAGCACGCGGCUGCUACGAGCUCGGCGACUGCGUAUAGUAAUCGCACGCCCUCGCCGAACCGGCAGAGUUUGUACGACUGGGCGCCGGGAAAUGAGGAACGGGAGCAGCAGGAGGGCAAUGAGCUGGAUGGGAUAGUAGGGGAGUUGAGGAUGCAGCAGCCAGAUACGCAUCCGGAUGUUUUGAGAGUGUUGGGGCAGAGUCAGUUGGAUGUGCAUCGGCAGCGGGAAAGGAACAGUGCAGGUGGGACGGACAAUAGCAAUCAGGCGGAUGCUGAACAGCGGAGAGGUCUGAUACGGGAGCGAGAGAGGAGACGGAGGGAGCCAGGUUGGGAGAGUUUACGGAGUAGAGCGGUGAUGCAGAGGGCGAGGCAGGAGGGUGGCGCCUCUCCAAGUUCUACGGAGAGGAUGUUGAGGGGUCUGAUGGAGCGCGAGCGGAGCGGUAUGAGUGAAGAGGAGGAGCGAGCAAGAGGGACGGGGUGGUUCAGGCCGACACCGAAUCGUGGUGGGCUUCCGGCGGUGGAGCAUAACAGCUCAACGUCAAGCGCGGACAGGUGGCGGCUACCCCCUACCAGCGACCUCCGAGAACGUGAUCAACAGGAGAGACUGGAAGCUUAUAGGAGAGGCUACUUGGCGGAGAACGUGCCGCCGAGACUGCCACGCAUAUCGACACCACCUGUACCUCCGAUCAAUCCGCCUUCGAGACGACCGACUUUUCUGGAGAACGCGCUCAAGUACAUGAGCGACCUUCGCCUGUCUGUGUCCUACGAAGACUCCCUUUCGUCGGCCAUUGACCACGGCCUGGCCACCAAGGAGUUCUUCGCAGACAAGCACGACGAUUUUGUUAUGGACUUGGACGAACUGCCUGGUGUACAGUAUUCUUCAUUUCUGCAGAAAAGCGCAGUCUUCGAGGGCCAUCAGCAUGCCACUACUGUUGUCUCAAAUGUGACACACCAAGGCCCUCAGUCGCGAGUGGAGCAGAUCAACCCCAACUAUCGAGCAUCAAACGGUCCCACUCUUGGUUUCGACCACCCACCAGGCUCGACACAAGUCACUCCCUUCGACCCGUCAAGACCAUGGCUCUCAUACCAUCAACCACAACAUCUCCUCUCCCCCAAAGAACCACACGACCACUGGCCCGUCCGCGUGACCAUCCACACCGUUGACGAGGCAAAGAUGACACUCCAAGGCACAAUGGAAGCCUACGACGUCCCUCAACCCCCUCCCAACCUCAGCGCGCUACACGCCAACCCACCUCCAAAGAAAGGCAAGAAGAAUGCCCCCAUCACCACCUACCUCGAAGGCCACAUCAUCGACCUACGCACGCACACCUUCCUCACCCCCGACGACCGCGACGCCAAACGCCGCAAAACCGGGCCUCACGAGACCAGCGCCGAGAACCGCACCCCCUACACCACCCUCAACCCCGACGUCCGCUUCCCCUCCGCCACCCCCGCCCUCGACGCGCAAAACUGGCUCAAACUGCCCCCCUUCUCCGACAUCGCCGCCUCCCCACCCACACCCUCCAGCCCCGCUUCCUCAGCAGAAGACAAACUCGCCCGCCUCCUGCUCUCGAAAUCUCAGUGCUCCGAGCUCAUGAACGAGUACAUCUUCAUGCGCUGGAAGGAACUCUGCUUCGUGCACACGAAGAGCGACCCGUGUCCUGUUUCCGAGGGGGAGAGGUGCACGGAUCCGGAUCGCGGGCAUGGGUUGACGAUAAGUGGGUUUUAUUAUGUUAGUUUGCGGAGGGCGGAUGGGAGGUGUGAGGGUUUGUACUUUGAUCCGUGUAGUACGCCGCAUCAGGGGUUGAGGUUGCAGGGGCGAGGGGGUGGGGUGGGGAGUUGGGAGUUUAGGUGA